AUGUGCAAUGAGGGGCGUAUGGCGAAGGACAUCCCUAAGGGAUUUUCGGUUUACUUUCAUUGCAAGCAUACUGGCCACCGGAAGGCCGAGUGUCCUCAGCUGACCCAGAGACUAGCUCAGGCUUCUGCUCCUACUGCUUUGCGUGUUACUGAUGGUCGGCCAUGGAAGGCUGAGGCUCUGAGUGCUCGUGGGAGAGCUUUCCAGCUGACUGUAGAGGAGGUCCGUGCAACACAUGAUGUUGUUGCUGUUAAGUUCAUUUAUUGUUUCAAGGUUUUUAUUGUAACAUUACAUUUGGAAUCAAGGGAAGAAGAACCAUUACAAGCACAAUCUCAAGCUCAAUCCCAUUCUUCGGUUCAAUCAAAUGUACGAACAAAGACAGAUAUAGCAUGGGAACAUGUUACUCAAGUCGUUGAUGAGAAGGGGAAAAAGGCAUGGAUAUGUAACUUUUGUCAAAAAUUUAUAGGUGGUGGUGGAAUAAACAAGGUUAAGAAACAUCUUGCUAGUGUUAAAGGUGAGGUAGCAACAUUCCCAAAAGUUAGUCCAGAAGUGUGGUUUACUAUGCAAGGGAAAUUGAAAAAGACCGCUCAAAAAGAAAAAGAAAAACGUACCACUAGUGUUACUAUCUUGGAUGAUGAUGAAGAGAUGGAGGAAGCAGAAAUUUCAACUGUGAAAAAGGGAAAAAGGAAAUCUACUUCAAACUUGCAUCCAUUUUUUACCAAAGAUAAAAUAGCAAGUAUUGGUUAUGGGUACAAAGCACCUAAUUAUCAUGAUCUGAGGGUUAAUUUAUUGACAGAUGCAAAAAACUCCGUUUCUAUGAUAAUUGAUUCGUUAAGAAGUCAAUGGGUUGAUACGGGUUGCACAAUUAUGAAUGAUGGGUGGAGGGAUGUUUCACAACAACAUUUGAUUAAUUUCUUGGUUUAUUGCCGGAAAGGGAUAUCAUUUCUUAAAUCUGUUGAUGCAUCUGAUAUAGAGAGCAAUGCUACAAAUUUAUGUAAUUUGUUUGCUGAGAUUGUUGAAAUGGUAGGAGAAAAAAAUACGGUGCAAAUGGUAACUGAUAAUGUUGCUAAUUACAAGCUUGUUAGUACUAAGUUAUGUGAAAGAUAUCCUUCUAUUACUUGGUCUCCAUGUGCAGCGCAUUGUCUUAAUCUUGUAUUAAAGGAUCUUUCAGAAUUGGAUAAUGUGAAAAGUUUGGUCAAUCUUGCAUCAAGGGUUACUAUUUUUGUUUAUAAUCAUAAGUGGCCCUUGAAUUGGUUAAGAAAAAGACCCGGUUGGAAAGAAAUUAUCCGUCCAGGUGCUACUCGGUUUGGUACCGUGUUCAUUGCAUUGCAAAGUUUGUAUGACCAUAAAGAAGAUUUACAAGCAAUGGUCAUAUCUAAUGAGUUUAAGAAGAUGUUGAAAGUGGGAAAUGCGGUUGAAUGUAAACAGAUUGUCUUGAAUGAAAUCUUUUGGAAGAAUUGUUUGAUUACAGUGAAAGUAAUGACUCCUUUGUUAAAGCUUUUGCGGUUGUGUGAUUCGGAUGAAAAACCUGCAAUUGCUUAUUGGUUGAAUCCCGUUUUUCAAUAUGAUCAUGCAAAUCUUUGUCAGAAGAAUGAGGUGUUUCAAGGCGUUCUUGAAAUGGUUGAGAAGACUUUUAAAGGUGAUGACGUGCUAAAUAUUACAUUGAAUUUAAGCAGGUUUCGUGAUGCUGAAGGUACCUUUGGUAGAUCCAGUGUCGUUGCUUCUCGUAAUCUUACUCGUCCAGAUGAGUGGUGGAAGUUAUUUGCGGAAAUAUUCCGAUUGAAGGUUGAUAUGAGGUCUUACGAUCCUGUUGACUAUGAAAAUAUUGAUAAGACGGAAUUUUGGGUGGUUGAAGAAGAGCGGGAAGGAGAACUUAAUUAUGAUGAUUUGGAAAAUAUGCUUGAUGAGCAAGAGCAUGAACCGGCUUCUGAAUCACAAGGUGACCAUGUUGAUCAUGAAGUUGAUAGUGAAUUUCAGUUGCUAAGUGACCACGAGAUCGAUGCUUAUAAUACUCCAAUUUCUCAAGAUCCAUGA